CCUCUGCUCAGUCUGAAUCCACAGUCUUUUCUGAGAGUUUCCCAACCACAGUCCUUGGGGGCGUCACCACCACAUCAGUUCUGUCAGAACCCACAGUGUUUCCUGAGAGUUCCCACACCUCAUCUGAUCAGUCUGAAUCCACAGUCUCUUCUGACGCUUCUCCCACAACAAUCCCUAGGACUUUUAUCACCACAUCUGGUCAGUCUGAAUCCACAGUCUCUUCUGAGGCUUCUCUUACCACAGUCACUGGAAGCUCCACCAUCACAUCAGUUCUGUCAGAAUUCACAGUGUCUUCUGAGAGUUCCCACACCACAGCUGGUCAGUCUGAAUCCACAGUCUCUACUGAGUGGUCCCCCACCACAGGCCCUGGGAGCUCCACCACCACAUCAGUUCUGUCAGAACCCACAGUGUCUCCUGAGAGUUCCCACACCACAUCUGGUCAGCCUGAAUCCACAGUCUCUUCUGACGCUUCUCCCACCACAGUCCCUGGGACUUUUAUCACCACAUCUGGUCAGUCUGAAUCCACAGUCUCUUCUGAGGCUUCUCUUACCACAGUCACUGGAAGCUCCACCAUCACAUCAGUUCUGUCAGAAUCCACAGUGUCUCCUGAGAGUUCCCACACCACAUCUGAUCAGUCUGAAUCCACAGUCUCUUCUGAGGCUUCUCCUACCACAGUCACUGGAAGCUCCAUCACUACAUCAGUUCUGUCAGAAUCCACAGUGUCUUCUGAGAGUUCCCACACAACAUCUGGUCAGUCUGAAUCCACAGUCUUUUCUGAGAGUUUCCCAACCACAGUCCUUGGGAGCUUCACCACCACAUCAGUUCUGUCAGAACCCACAGUGUCUCCUGAGAGUUCCCACACCACAUCUGGUCAGCCUGAAUCCACAGUCUCUUCUGACGCGUCUCCCACCACAGUCCCUGGGACUUUUAUCACCACACCUGGUCAGUCUGAAUCCACAGUCUCUUCUGAGGCUUCUCCUACCACAGUCACUGGAAGCUCCACCACUACAUCAGUUCUGUCAGAACCCACAGUGUCUCCUGAGAGUUCCCACACCACAUCUGGUCAGUCUGAAUCCACAGUCUCUUCUGAGGGUUCCCAAACAACAGUACUACUGAGCUCCACCACCACAUUUGAUCACUCUGAGCCCACAUUCUCUUCUGAGAGUUCCCACACCACAUCUGGUCAGUCUGAACCCACAGUCUCUUCUGAAUCUUCUCCCACCACAGUUCCUGUAAGCUCCACCACCACAUCAGUUCUGUCAGAAUCCACAGUGUCUUCUGAGGGUUCCCAAACCACAGUCCUACUGAGCUCAACCACCACAUUUGAUCAGUUUGAAUCCACAGUGUCUUCUGAGAAUUCCCACACCACAUCAGGUCAGUCUGAAUCCACAGUCUCUUCAGAAGCUUCUCCCACCACAGUCCCUGGGAGUUUUUUCACCACAUCUGGUCAGUCUGAACCCACAGUCUCUUUUGAGGCUUCUCCAACCACAGUCCCUGGAAGCUCCACCACCACAUCAGUUCUGUCAGAAUCUACAGUGUCUUCUGAAGGUCCCCAAACCACAGUCCUAUUGAGCUCCAGCAUCACAUUUGAUCCAUCUGAAUCCACAAUCUCUUCUGAGACUUCUCCCACCACAGUCCCUGGAAGCUCCAUGACCACAUCAGCUCUCUCAGAAUCCACAGUGUCUUCUGAGGGUUCCCACACCACAUCUGGUCAUUCUGAAUCCACAGUCUCUUCAGAAGCUUCUCCCACCACAGUUCCUGGGAAUUUUAUCACCACAUCUGGUCAGUCUGAACCCACAGUCUCUUUUGAGGCUUCUCCAACCACAGUUCCUGGAAGCUCCACCACCACAUCAGUUCUGUCAGAAUCUACAGUGUCUUCUGAGGGUUCCCAAACCACAGUCCUACUGAGCUCAGCCACCACAUUUGAUCAAUCUGGAUCCACAAUCUCUUCUGAGGCUUCUCCCACCACAGUCCUUGGAAGCUCCACCACCACAUCAGUUCUGUCAGAAUCCACAGUGUCUUCUGAGAGUUCCCAUACCACAUCUGGUCAAUCUGAACCCACAGUCUCUUCUGAGACUUCUCCCACCACAGUCCCUAGAAGCUUCAUCACCACAUCAGGUCUCUCUGAACCCACAAUGUCUUCUGAGGGUUCCCAAACCACAGUCCUACUGAGCUCCACCACCACAUUUGAUCAGUCUGGAUCCACAGUCUCUUCUGAGGGAUCUCCCACCACAGUCGCUGGGAGCUUUAUCACCACAUCUGAUCAGUCUGAAUCCACAGUUUCUUCUGAGAGUUUCCCCACUGUAGUCCUUGGAAGCUCCAGUACCACAUCAAUUCUGUCAGAAUCCACAGUCUCUUCUGAUAGUUCCCAUACCACAUCUCAUCAGUCUGGAUCCACAGUCUCUUCUGAGGUUUCUCCCACCACAGUCCCUGGUAGCUUUAUCACCACAUCUGGUCAGUCUGAAUCCACAGUUUCUUCUGAGAGUUCCCCCACUACAGUCCCUGGAAGCUCCACCACCACAUCAGUUCUGUCAGAAUCCACAGUGUCUUCUGAGGUUUCCCAAACCACAGUCCUACUGAGUUCCACCACCACAUUUGAUCAGUCUGGAUCCACAAUCUCUUCUGAGAGUUCCCACACCACAGUCCCUGGGAGCUUUGUCACCACAUCUGGGCAGUUUGAACCCACAGUUUCUUCUGAGGGUUCCGCCUCCACAGUUCCUGGAAGCUCCACUACUACUUCCAGUUGGUCUGAAUUUACUGUCACUUCUAAUGGCCCCCCCACCAUAUUCCCUGGGACCUCCACCACCACAUUUGCUUGGUCUGAUUAUACAGUCUCUUCUGGAAGUUCCCACACCACAUCGGAUCAGUCUGCAUCCACAGUCUCUUCUGAGAGUUUCCUCACCACAGUCCUUGGGAGUUUCCCCACCAUAUCCACUGUGUCUGAAUCCACAGUGUCUUUUGAGGAUUCCCAUACCACAGUCCCUGUGAGUUUUCUCACCACAUCUGGUCAGACUGAAUCCACAAUCUCUUCUGAGGGUUCCCACACCACAGUCCUUUGGAGUUCCACUACCACAUCUGAUCUCACUUUAUCUACAGUCUCCUCUGACAAUUUCCACACCACAUCUGGACAGUCUGAAUUCACUGUCUCUUCAGAGGGCUCCCUCACAACAGGGUUUGGGAGUUCCCCCACUCCUUCUGUUCAGUCAGAAUCCACAGUCUCUUCUGAGAGUUUCCAUUCAACAAUCUCUGGGAGCUUAACCACCACAUCUGGUCAGUUUGAAUCCACAGUUUCUUCUCAGGAUUCCCACACCACAGACCCUGGGAGCUCCACCUUUACUUCUGCUCAGUCUGAAUCUACAGUCUCUUCUGAGGGUUCCCUCAUCACAAUUCCUUUGAGCUCUGUCAGCACAUCUGGUCAGUCAGAAUCCACAGUCUCUUCAGAGGGUUCCCACACCACAUCUGGUCAGUCUGAAUCCACAGUCUCUUCAGAGGGUUACCUCACCACAUCUGGCCAGUCUGAAUCCUCAGUGUCUCCUUCAGGUUCCCCAACCAUGGUACCUGGGAGCUCUACCACUACUGGUCUGUCUGAAUCCACAGUGUCUUCUGAUGGUUCCCAUACCACAAUUUCCAUGUCCUCCCCAACCAUUUCUGGUCUGUCUGAAUUCACCGUGUCUUCUGAGGGUUCCCUCACCACACAGCCUGGGAGUUUUGCCACUACUUCUGGGUGGUCUGCAUCUAGUGUUUCUUCUGAGAGUUCCCACACAGGAGUUUCUGGGAGCUCUACAGCCCCAUCUAGCACUGGAGAGACACUUUCCAGCUCAUCUGGUUCAGUACAGUCUACCACUUUUGUCACUCAGAAAUCCACAGAUCACAACACCAUAUCUGAUUUUUCUCAAGUCACGGACUUACCUACAUCGACAAUUUCUCAAGAGGAUGGAAGUCCUGUGUCCACUUCAAGUCCAGCUGAGUCUAUUACCUCCUCCACUGGUGAUGAAGAAAGGACCACAUAUUCUACUCCUGAAGCCACUGUGUCCACCACAGUCUCAGCACCAUCAACACAUACAGUCUCCUCUUACACCUCAACAAUUUAUAUACCUUCAAACUCUGAGGGACUUUCUACCACCACCUCCAGCACUGGACUCAGUACAACAACAAUUACUGAGAUGUCCUCUGUCCUUUCAACCAUUUCUGAAUCUUCUAUGUCAACUUCCUAUCCCAGCCAUGGUAGUAGCUUAGCUUCCUCUUCAAUUCCCAGCCUGCUGUCUACCACCCCCUCUGUCUCCACACAGACAAUCACAGGCCUCACAGAGGAACUCACUCUUGCUACCUCCACCCCUGAUUCAUCAAAACCGACAGGCACCUUGAACAGCACUGUUACUGUAGGGAAUGAAAUUUCUGCUUCCACAUCAAGGCCUGGAGAAUCCUUAACCACUUCCGUUGGAGAUGGACAUAUGACCACAUCUUCUUCUCUGGGAUCCACUCUCUACACCAGCUCCUCAGAUGGGUCCGUGCCAUCAUUCUCUACCCAUUCUUUGAACAGUACAAACAGUGCAAGUCCUUCCUCAUCAAGCCCCAGUGAGAUCUCCACCCACACUGUGGUCUCACAAUAUACCACCAUGACUGCCAAAGAGGAGUCGACUUCUGGCUUUUCUUCUCCUGUGUCCUCCACUUCACCUGGCUCCACUGGUGUUCCAGUCCCUGGAUUCAGUACCACUUCAACCCCACAUCCACCAUCCACUAGGACACAGACAACUAUGAGGACAACCCACUCUUCAACUAUGACACCAUUGCAGUGCUACAAUGGGGCCACUUGGAACGGAAAAAAAUGUGUCUGUGCCAAAGGCUACUCUGGUUACCAGUGUAAAUACCCCAAGGAAUCCUUCCCCAUAGAAACCCCCCAAAAAAUCAAUGCCACUGUAGACCUGCGUGUGAAAGUGACUAACAGGGGUUUCACAGAUGACCUAAAUGACAAAUCCUCCGAUGCAUACAAGAACUUCGUUCAACUAUUCAAGAGUCGGAUGGAUAAAGUUUACAGGGACAAAAACUUUCCCCAAUACAGAGGCGUGAAUGUCACAAGACUGCGUCCUGGCAGCAUCGUGGUGGAACACGAACUCAUCAUGGAGGCCAACUACACUUCAGGGUAACUGGAGCUGUUUGAAAACCUCACUAAGAUUAUAAGGGCCAAGAUUAUGAAUGAGACUGGACAGCUACAUGGGAAUUCUGAAGACUGCAAAAACCUCUCACUCCUGUGCUACGAUGAGACGGACACCAUCGUGAACCCCGUGAAGAUCAACUUUGACCUGCAAGAGCAAUGCACUAAGAAUGCUGCAAAGGAAUUAGCCCAGUUCUACUACGUGGAUGAGCUGGAUGGGAAGCUGGCCUGUGUGAACAAGUGCACCCCAGGGACGAAGUCGGAAAUGGACUGUCACCACGGCAGGUGCCAGCUGCAGCAAAGCGGCCCCCGUUGUCUAUGCCUGAACUCAGACACACACUGGUACUCGGGGGAGACCUGUGAAUCCAGCACCAGCAAGAGCGUGGUAUAUGGGGUCGUGGGGGCCGUGGCAGCGCUCCUGGUGAUCUUGGUAGUGGUCCUGAUCUUCUUACUCAGCCGAUCCCAGAGAAAACUGCACAGCAGGCAAGAGUGCGACAUGUCUCGAGAGUGGCAAGAUGCAGGCUACCCUGGCAGUUUUGAGAACACAAGCGUCUGGGAAGGUCAGGAUCUGAAGGGGGACACGUUUGGCCUUGAAAACAUCUACAGAAACUUCCAGCCCUCCCUGAGGAGCGUGGACCCCACUACAGAGCUCCACAUUCAGAGGCCCACAGUGGUGACGACUGCUCAGUGAUGGGGACAGGGACUGCCACCCCUCACUCAGAUCCGGGUGAUGAGGCUGCGGCCAACAGAGGCCUCCGCCGGCCCCAGGCUGCCAAGAGGAACCUGAAGUCUGGAGUCGUCGGGCCCGAGGAUGGCCCUCUCAGAGCGAGCGGGCUGGCCCUGUCCUCACUGCUGUGAACACUGCUCCCUUGCCCUCCAGCCAGGAGCCCCGAGGCAUCUUGUUUACUCAAACUGUUUACUCCACCUGUGACAACCGUGCAGGAAUUUCCUGCCAAUAAAGGAACAAGUUUUAUAGA